AUGGCUGGCGGCGUACGGAUCUUGCGAUACGCACUGCCCACCGUCUUUAUAAUCAUACUUCUCUAUAUAGCUCAGACUUCGUACCGAGGCUCCAUCACAAGCCCUGGGUUUUCCUAUGGUCAAACAGGUGCCAGCAAACCGAACGGAGGAAAUACACAAGCGACCACGCCCCAGACCGGCUCAAAGAAAGAGGACCUCGGAACAAGCCCACUGGUCACCCAGCCUGGCUCGCCGCAAUGGGAGGAUCUGGCCAGCACUGCUCCGGGCCCGCGCGUGAAUGCGACUUUUGUGACCCUGGCCCGUAAUUCUGACAUUUGGGACAUUGCACGAUCGAUCCGGCAGAUCGAAGACCGCUUCAACCGCCGCUACAACUACGACUGGGUCUUCCUCAACGACAAGCCAUUUGACUCGACGUUUAAGAAGGUGACCUCAUCGCUGGUCUCAGGUACCACGCAUUAUGGCGAGAUCGCUGAGGAGCACUGGUCAUUCCCUCCUCACAUCGAUCAAGAGAGGGCUAAGCAGGUGCGGGAGGACAUGCGGGAACGCAAGAUCAUCUAUGGCGACUCCAUUAGCUACCGUCACAUGUGCCGAUUUGAGUCGGGCUUCUUUUUCCGCCAGCCACUUAUGAUGAACUACGAUUACUACUGGCGCGUCGAGCCCAGCGUCGAGAUCUUUUGCGACAUCCACUACGACCCCUUCCGGCUGAUGAAGGAGACGGGCAAGAAGUACAGCUUCGUGCUCAGCCUAUACGAAUAUGUCGAGACCAUUCCCACUCUUUGGGACAGCGUCAAGAAAUUCAUGAAGAACCACCCAGAACACAUUGCGAAGGACAACUCUAUGGGCUUCCUCAGUGACGACAACGGCGAGAACUACAACCACUGUCACUUUUGGUCCAACUUCGAAGUUGGCGACUUGAACUGGCUACGUUCCCAGGCAUACAUCGACUUCUUCGAGUCUUUGGAUCAGGAUGGCGGGUUCUUCUAUGAGAGAUGGGGUGAUGCCCCUGUUCACUCAAUCGCUGCUGGACUCAUGCUGCCGAAAGACCAGAUCCAUUUCUUUAACGACAUUGCAUACUACCACGUCCCAUUUACACACUGUCCGACAGGCGAGAAACAUCGGCAAGAUCUGAAGUGCCACUGCAACCCCAAGGAUAACUUCGACUGGAAGGGAUACUCCUGCACAUCGAGGUAUUUCGAUAUCAACGGCAUAGACAAGCCAGAGGGAUGGGAAAGCCAGACAGACUAA